CCUCCUCCCUCCAAUCCAAGUGAAAACGGUUCCCCUUGUCCGCCACAGCUUUCUCCCCUCCCCAUCGCAUCCCCUCAUCCAAACCCUUAGCCCGCCUCGCUUCUUCGGCUCUCCACCUUAUCCAAACCCUAGCCCGCCCCGAUCCACAUCCACGGGUUCGCCGCAAGCGAUGGCGGCGCCGGAGAUCACUCCUCCUCCUCCAGUCUUUGGGGUUUCGUCUGUACCCGUUCGCACGGGCCAGCGAGAUCUGGAGGAUGCCCUAGCAGGUUCUCUUACGGGCGGUAACUUGCUGCCGUGGGGGGACGUGCUCCUCGCGGUCUCCAGAUCCGCCGCCCUCUCCAGCGCGGACACAUCUCCGCCCGACGGGGUUGCCGAUGAUGUUCCCGCGGCUGGCGCGCCCCCGCCAUGCCUCCGCCACGUCGACCUCCAGGAGGGGCAUCUGGCCGAGGGGGACUCGCUACAUGUCUGCGUCGACCUCCAGGAGGGACAUCUGCCCGAGGGGGACGCGCUCCAGGCCUGCUUCCGCGGCGGCCGCGUCGACCUCCAGGAGGGACAUCUAUCCGAGGGGGGCGCGCUCCAGGCCUGCUUCCACACCCGCCCCGUCGACCUCCAGGAGGGACAUCUGCCCGAUGGGGACGCGCUCCAGGCCUGCUUCCGCAGCCGCCGCGCCGACCUCCAGGAGAGAACGCCCACAGAGGAGUCAGGUCCGAGUUCCAUACUUGCCAACAGUCACACCCGAGCACCGCAGAUGAGGUCACCAAUGGGAAACCUCCCUCACGAGCUUGUCGCUAAGAUUGCUAGAUUUGUCAUUACAUCCUCUAUCAGAAGCGCAAUUGCUAUGAAGCUAUGCUGCAAGUCUUGGAAUAAGUCUUUUGAAAUUAGUGGUCCAAUUCUUGUUCAUACUAGGAACCACCCCACAUGUCCAGCCAUCACGUUACUUAAGAUCCCUGCCCACCAGGGUCUGCAAGAACCAUUUAGAUUUGAGGUAGUUGACUGCUUGUGCCCACCUCCACAACAAAAUAUGUGUUGGGGCUCCAGUCAGGGUCUAUUGGCACUAAAAAAUGUAAGGAACAACAAGGUUUGUCUACAUUGUUUCACUUGUGGUUAUGGAAGAGACCUACCAGAUCCACCACAAGAGCACACUCCAAAGGGCAUAUACCUUCAGGGACUUUCUGUAUUUGCUGUCUUUACAGAAAAUGGUCAGUUACAAGUGGAACCUUGUGAUCUGGAGCUUGAUAGAACUCUCCUGUACCGUCUUCGCCUUCAUGUUGGUUCACAUGCUGAAGGAGGUUUGAUUGAUAGAGAGAUUGAUGGCGAGGAUGUGGAGCUUGGACUUUUUCUGAACUGGUGUUGGGAUUUAUACCCUGGAACAGAGGGCUUCGUUCCCAUGCGCUCAGUUAACUUUAUGACAGGAGUUACAUUUGCUGGUGCCACUGCUACCAACGAUCUCAUAUUAGACAGAAUCGGCAGACAACAACACCAACCCUUCAUAGUGAUAAGAUUAGCAGAGCAACUUCAUUUGGAUGCUUCGAUGGUUACUUGGAUGCAGAAUGGGCAACACAUAUUUUUGUGCGGGCCCUCAGCUUACUUUCUUAUCUUGACAAGAUCAAUCCUGAACAUAAAUGAGGUUGGUGUGCGCUGCUUUAGGAUUCAACAUAAGGGUGGUCGAGUUAACAUGGUGGAGGUGGAUUCCAUUGGACCUUACUCAGUGUAUCUUGGUGCAAACCAACCUCUGGUUCUUAAUUCAAUGGAUGGCUUGCUAGGACGUCGUCAGAAUACAGUAUAUGUUGAAGACAGUGAUGGUAUAGUUCGGACUUCAAGAGUGCUUGCAAUUGAUAUAGGGACGCAGGAGGUUUGGGAGAUACCAUUUCCAGAUGAUAUGGCCGUUGAACCAAUGGAUCCUCCAGCUUCGUGGACUGCUGUAUUUGAUGACAUCUGUCAUGUUGGAAUCGUUGGAUAGAUAGAUUUGCUACUGCGCAAGGGUUGCUGAGGUUUGAGGUGGAUGAUGUGUGGAAAGCUUCUAACUACUGCUGUUGGCGUACCACUGUUGUAUCAUCAGGAUAUGUUUUCAUAAUUGCCAUUGACGAUACUACUGCUGUGUCUGUGUGGUGCAAAUCUUGACGACCAUGUUCUUGUGUUGCUUUGCGGGGAUGCGCCAAGUCGUAUACUAGCUACAAGCUGUGGAGCGAUCUGAAUAUAGGAGUAUUGUUGCUUUGAUUCGACUCUCAACUUUGACUUGCCCUUAUUUGUUUCUUUCUGUAUGUAGCUUGCAGUGUACAGUCUUUGCGUUUUAAUGAAGGUUUUGGUAGCAAUCUCCCAUUCAAAAA